CUGCGGGCCUGCCCCCGCCAUGUAAACAAAGAGCCGGGACGGGGCGCGCACGGCCGCCGCGGGCCUCGCUCGUCUGGCGCUGUGACAGCAGCCGCAGCCGUGGCGUCAGGGAGGAUGCCGACCAAUUGCGCCGCGGCGGGCUGCGCUGCCACCUACGACAAGCACGUUAACGUCAGCUUCCACAGGUUUCCUUUGGAUCCUAAAAGAAGAAGAGAAUGGGUUCGCCUGGUUAGGCGCAAAAAUUUUGUGCCAGGAAAACACACUUUUCUAUGUUCAAAGCACUUUGAAGCCUCCUGUUUUGACCUAACAGGACAAACUCGUCGACUAAAAAUGGAUGCUGUCCCAACCAUUUUUGAUUUUUGUACCCAUAUAAAGUCCAUGAAACUCAAGUCAAGGAGUCUUCUGAAGAACAAGGACAGUCUUACUCCAGCUGGACCGUGUCCUUCAAAGCCCAACAGUCGGCAGGUGCUGCUUGAACACAGUUAUGCCUUUAGGAACCCUCUGGAGGCGAAAAGACGGAUAAUUCAGCUCGAAAAGGAAAUAGCAAGCUUAAGAAGACAAAUGAAAACAUGCUUGCAGAGGGAACGCAGGGCAACUCGAAGAUGGCUCAAGGCCACGUGCUUUGUGAAGAACUUAGAAGCAAGUAGCCUGCUGCCUAAGGGCGUCGCAGGGCACAUCUUGCCGCCGGCCUUACGCCUUCCGCUGGAAGACUGCAAACUUGCGGAGCGAGAUCAACGAGGCAGAACAUUACCCGUUCUGGAAAUCUAGAACAGACAAGGUCUGCAUCCAAGCUUUCCUUACACAGAACCCGAUGCCCUUCUUCUCGUCUUCUCAUCUUCCAGGAGACUUAGGGCCCUUAGCGUUUACUUGAAGUAACAGUCAUUAUGUAACUUAGACUUGAGUCUAAGGACCGUGGGGAAAUUGAGCGACAACUCUGAGAAGGAGCGGAAGUGCCUUACAUGAGGAUCAUGUACUCAGACGCUGUCUGCGGAAACACUGUUUGCUUUUUUAAACUGCUGUCAAAUAGGAAUGACAAAUGGUAUGUUCAUAUGAGGAAAAACAUUCUACACCAAAGUUGGGAUAUUACAUUCUAAAGAACAUGCAAGGUAGGAGGAGCUAAUCAUAUUAAAUGUGAACUUAAAACUACUGGAUUUUGUAUUAAUUAAAUUAUUGGGAUUGUGGUUGAAAAUUUAUAGAAUAAAACCUCUGGGGUACAGGGCAA